GUCGGCGGGGCCGGAAGUGGAAGGUGGCGACGUGUGCGGCGGAGCGGAGCGGGGUCGGGCCGGUCCGGUCCGGGCCGCUGUUAUGGAGGGUCUCUACCACCAAACCAACAAGCAAGUCCAUGAGGUCCAGUCUUACAUGGGGCGCCUGGAGACUUCAGACAAAGAGUCAGUGCACUUAGUAGAAAAUGAGAUUCAGGCAAGAAUAGACAAUAUAUUCAGCAGCUUGGAGCGUCUGGAAAUCCUGUCCAGCAAAGAACCUCCCAAUAAGCGGCAGAAUGCUAAACUCCGAGUUGACCAGCUGAAGUAUGAUGUUCAGCAUCUGCAGACAGCUCUGAGGAACUUUCAACAUCGCCGUUACAUCCGGGAGCAGCAGGAGCGACAGCGAGAAGAGCUGCUUGCACGUACAUUCACUACUAAUGACUCUGACACCACCAUACCGAUCGACGAAACAUUACAGUUUAAUGAAUCCCUCCAGAAUGCCCAUCGUGGCAUGGAUGAUCUUAUUGGCAGUGGGACCAACAUCCUUCAGGGGCUGAGGGACCAGAGAGUGACAUUAAAGGGUACUCACAAGAAGAUCCUGGAUGUUGCCAACAUGUUGGGCUUAUCCAAUACAGUGAUGCGGCUGAUUGAGAAGCGAGCCUUUCAAGAUAAAUACUUCAUGAUUGGGGGCAUGAUUUUGACUUGUGUAAUUAUGUUUCUCGUCGUGCAGUAUCUGACAUGAGCUACUGAACUGUUGCCAGAGGAGAUUGUCUUUUGGAGCGAGACGGACUGUCCUCCAAACUGUACUUUCCUCUGAGUGCUGCUUUGGAUGAGCCCCUCCCGUGAACUUCAGAGUUUACAAAUCACACUCAGACACGUGUCAUGUGGAAAGCACGUAGGGAAACAAAUUCCUCUGAGGAUGCUCUAGUUGAGAAUGGUCCUAUAAAAAUAUCCCUAGCCUUUACUGAUCUCACCUUAUUGUCUGCAAGUUUAAGAAUCUGGAUUAAUAGGAAGCAGAAGUGAAAAUUUUGCCCAGCUGUACUGCAAGGUAGGAGAGUCCUUUUGGGUAGAUAGGGAUAAGAGGAAGCAAAGGCAGAGCCUAAGAUGGAGCGAGCUAGAAGUGACCCCGAUCACUGUGUUUUGCAAUGAAAAUUGCCACCGAGGAGAAUUCUGCGUUGUUUGUGGGCACGCUCCUGGGAGUAAGUGUGCAAAGAGGCGGGAAGUGCAGGCUUCCCAUCUGCAAACUCACCAUUCUGCUUGGAGGAGGAGGAUUUGUGGGGAAGGGUCUUAAAGCACGGCUAUAACCUCAGCUAACUUUUUUCUUUACGCAUACAAUAUUAACCAGCACAAAUCUUCCUGGUUUAGGCUGAAAUGCUUCUCAUCUUAUCUGAGGUAUGUUUUGGUACCUUUUUAUGCCCCGCUGCUUCCCAGCGGAAGCUGAAUGCUGUUCCCCUGCCUGCUUUCAGUCAGGUGCCCAUCAGGCCUGUGUCAUCUCACUGUGCCGACUCCCAGAUCCAGCCUCCGAAAGCUGUAAGCCUGGCGUUUUUAGUGCUAGUGCACACUAUGUUUUGGUGAGUUGUAUUUAUUUUCUGAGGUGGUUGGUUGGGGUUUUGGGCUCUGUGGCUGGUAUUUUUCUGAAUUGAUGAAUCAGGCACGUCCUCACUGUGUUCAAAUUCAGAUUUGUGAUUUUUAUGUUUUUUUAAUUGAUUUUUGUUUUAUGUGAUUUUAAUUUGUGAUCGUUAUGGAGUGGGCUCUCUGCCGUUCUGUACAUUUAGAGCAAGAGUGGGAUCAGGGCAACAGACUUUUCACUUAAAAUCAGUUGUCGUCAGAAGAGUUUUCUGAAGUUACGUGCCUUGGGAUGCUGUUAUGUGCCUCAUCCUUGGGAAGGGUGUUCUUCGCAUUGUCCUUUGUACCUGCAAAAUUACUGUGAAAGACGUUCUCACACAUUCUCAUACGUGUCAUCUCACUGAGGUGAUAGCCACCUUAGACGGAUCUCCUUGGCUGUAGAUAUCUGUCCACAUUUAAACAUUGACAGUUGUGAAAUGCCUCAUUGUUUAAAUAUGGUUCUCCUUUCCCUGUAGACUGUGGGGGCUCUGCUAGAACGGCAUCCUGCUGUUUUGGGCAUCAUCCAUUUCAGUCAGCCUUCAGAUACAUUCCCAUUCCGGUUUGUGUACCAGUCCGGAGCAUUUCCAGGUGGCUGACGGUGGCACGGAAGUGCCGUAUUCAGAUGAUGUGCCAUGAUGCUGGAAAUGCCUUCAUUUAUUUCUGUCUGGAAUGGUUGUGGGCCUUUUAUUUAGUAACAGAUUACAAAUUCUGCAUCCUCUCUUUGCUGCAAUGAGCUUUGCUUUUAUUAUGUAGCCUGUUGCAAACUUGGAGAAAUGGUAUUAAUAACUGUAAAAACAGAAUUUCAGUAAAUAUGGGCAAGUUAAACAGGC